GUAAUAGUAGAUAAAGUGUGAAUAACUAAUUAAUUCUCCCGUCAGUUUGGUGCCUGGCGGCAUUGAUUUAAAAAAAUCUUUUGUAGUGUGUGCGUCCUUGUAAUCGAAAAUGCGUGAAGUAAUUUCCAUCCAGGUCGGGCAGGCCGGUUGCCAGAUCGGGAACGCGUGCUGGCAACUGUUCACCACCGAGCACGGCGUCCAGCCGGAUGGGCUGAUGGGCCCUAACCUGACGAUGGAGGAAAACAUGGCGGGCUUCUUCCAGGAUACACGCUCCGGGCGCGUCGUGCCGCGGACCAUUUUCAUCGAUCUCGAGGAGUCCGUCAUCGACGACAUCCGGAACAGCCCGUACAAGCAGCUGUACCACCCGGAGUACAUGAUCAUGGGAAAGGAGGAUGCGGCGAACAAUUUCGCCCGUGGCCACUACACCGUCGGGAAGCAGAUCAUCGAGCGCGUCACGGGCACCCUGGGGAAGCUGUCGGAGCAGUGCGAUGGGUUGCAGGGUUUCCUGUUGUUUCAUUCGUUCGGCGGAGGAACCGGAUCCGGGUUUACCUCACUACUGAUGGACCAGAUCUCGAUGGACUACGGAAAGAAGUGCAAGCUCCAGUUCGCGGUGUACCCAUCGCCGAAGAUUUCGACGGCCGUUGUAGAGCCUUACAACGCCGUGCUGUGUACGCACGGCACCAUGAACUCGUCCGAUUGCUGCUUCAUCAUGGACAACGAGGCGACCUACGAGAUCUGCUCCAAGACGCUGCAGAUCGAUCGACCCAACUAUAGGGAUCUGAAUGCGCUGGUCGCUCAAGUUGUGUCGUCGGCCACGGCCUCGCUUCGCUUCAAAGGCACCAUGAACGUGGAUCUGAACGAGUUCCAAACGAAUCUGGUCCCCUACCCGAGGGUUCACUUCCCGCUCGUGUCUUAUGCACCGCUUGUAUCCGCCUCGAAGGCGAGUCACGAGAGCAGCUCGGUGGCCGAAAUCACAAACGCUUGCUUUACGGCCGAGAAUACGAUGGUAAAGUGCGAUCCACGGCAGGGUAAGUACAUGGCGUGCUGUAUGCUGUUCCGCGGGGACGUCGUGCCGAAGGACACGAAUGAAGCGGUCGCUGCAAUCAAGACCAAGCGGCACAUCAAUUUCGUCGAUUGGUGUCCCACCGGCUUCAAGAUCGGUAUCAACCAGCAGGCACCGUCCGUGCUGCCGGGCAGUGAGCUGGCCAGACCCAAGCGUGCCGUCUGCAUGCUCUCCAACUCGACGUCCAUCUCGACGGCUUGGGCUCGGAUGAGCCAAAAGUACGAUCUGAUGUACAAGAAACGUGCGUUCGUGCAUUGGUAUGUGGGCGAGGGCAUGGAGGAGGGCGAGUUCUCCGAAGCUCGCGAGGACCUUGCCGCCCUGGAGCGGGACUACGAGGAAGUGGCGGGCGAUACGGUCCAAUCCGGAGAAGAGUAUUACGAUGAUGAGUAUUAGAUCGGCCAGAACGAACUCGAGUACGUGGGUGCGUCAAUAGUUUUAAAGCAAAAUCGUCGUGCAUUUGUCUCGUAACCACCGCAUUCCAUACUGUUUUUUGUGAUGUAAAUGAUAGAAAAAAAUAAUACAAAUACCUGUUUUUCAAA